AUGAAAUUAAAGGCUCGGCCUUCCAUACCCAGCUCUGAUUGGCUUACAGUCCCGGAAAAGGUGUUCACCUCGGGAAGGUUGUGGCAAGAUGGCGUCCCUGGAUCGGGUGAAGGUACUGGUGUUGGGAGACUCAGGAGUUGGGAAAUCUUCACUAGUUCAUCUUCUGUGCCAAAAUCAAGUACUGGGAAAUCCAUCGUGGACCGUGGGCUGCUCAGUAGAUGUCAGAGUUCAUGACUACAAAGAAGGAACACCAGAAGAGAAGACCUACUAUAUAGAAUUAUGGGAUGUUGGAGGCUCUGUGGGCAGUGCCAGCAGUGUGAAAAGCACAAGAGCAGUAUUCUACAACUCUGUAAAUGGUAUUAUUUUAGUACACGACUUAACAAAUAAGAAGUCAUCCCAAAACUUGUAUCGUUGGUCAUUGGAAGCUCUCAACAGGGAUCUGGUGCCAACUGGAGUCUUGGUAACAAAUGGGGAUUAUGACCGGGAACAGUUUGCUGAUAACCAAAUCCCGCUAUUGGUGAUAGGGACUAAACUGGAUCAGAUUCAUGAAACCAAGCGCCAUGAAGUCUUAACUAGGACUGCUUUCCUGGCUGAAGAUUUCAAUGCGGAAGAGAUUAAUUUGGAUUGCACAAAUCCACGAUACUUAGCUGCGGGUUCUUCCAAUGCUGUCAAGCUAAGUAGGUUUUUUGAUAAGGUCAUAGAGAAGAGAUACUUUUUAAGAGAUGGUAAUCAGAUUCCGGGCUUUCCUGAUCGAAAAAGGUUUGGGGGCGGAACAUUAAAGAGCCUUCAUUAUGACUGAAUUGCACUCCUCCUUUGGAAGACUGAGCAAGCAGAGGCAGUUUUUCAGGGCUUUCUUCUUGCUGUGUUGAUUAUUAAUGUCUCAGCCUUUGAAGAAAUCAUCUUAAGAUGCCACCCUUCAGCCUCACCCUUUCAUGAAAAACUGAAAGGAAGUGACAGUGGCGGGGGAGGGUCGGUCCAAACUUUGUCCCCAUUCUCUCUGUUCCUCACCUUUCUGUCCCUGUUUAUAGAUUAUGUAAAAGCCUUGUGGAAAUAUGAGAUGUUGUCAAAAUGAUGCAGUAAAUGAGCGGUGACAGAGUGCCGCACAGAAAAUUGACUCUUGCCUAGAACCGGAGGGAUUUUAUGGGUCUGUAAUUCUCCCACACUCCUUGCUGAAGGCUUAAUUAAGUACUUCAGAAAUGUAUCUCUAUUGUUUUACUUUCUUGGGGGGAAAGGUUAUGUUAACCAGCCCUAAGUUGUCCACCCCGAACAAUCUCUGUCAUUUUCAAAGAAGCAAAAUGGUGUUAUUUAAUUGUCUCCACCCUCAUCACACACAAGGAUGCCUAAUAAUAGCCACCCUUGUCUCCCUCUCCUCUCCUUUGCAAAUGGCUCCAUGGCUGGAAGAGGCAGACUAAUAGCUAGAGUUAAAUAUAAAUAGAUUAAUAAUACAUAGAGAACAGCAGUACCAGAAAAGAAGAAUUCUGCAAGAAACUGACGGCUCACUAAAUCCUUCACUCUUUAGGUUACAGCUGUCUGCACUCUCUUACUGUUUUCAGUUUGGAAAUAGGCUGAAAUCUAAGACUUGCGCAAGGGCAGUAAGAGAGAUUUACAGCCUCUUCAGUUUUUAUUUUUUUUGAAGGAAAAAAUCAACUCGUGAUUUGUCCCUUAACGAUAGUCCGUAAACUAAGAAUAUCAUUCUUUGUGUCAAUGGUGUAUUUAUGGCGAGAAGUAAAAAUAAGUUCCAGAGCAACAUAUUUACAUCAGUUAUGGACUAGCAUUCUUGGCUUUCAUAAUCCAGAAUUUUGGGGGGCGGUGUGUGUGUAUGGGCAUUAAUUGUUCAUUGUUACUUUUUUUACCCAUCGUUUUUGCUUGUUUAACUCUCUUCCCCAGUUCUUUAAUAUAUAAACCUGGUUUCCAAAAA